CGACUUGUGAGAGACCAGUCUACAAUUUACCAGGGGACAAUCAUGACGGACGUGGUGGCGGCCAUCGCCCCCGCCUGCUCCAUCACGGACAACUCGGCCGGCUGCUACACGGCGUCGUGGUACCUUAUUUGGGACCAAGUUCGCUAUUGGCUGCUCAUCCAAGUGCCUGUUAUCGCGCUCUCUAUCGUCUAUGAGUGGCUCGAACUGGCUUCGCACAAAUAUGUCGAGCGACUGCGUAAAAUUUGCGACUCUCCGCUCACCAACGUCGUGAACUAUCUUGUUCAACUCGUCACCAGCUUCUAUGUCUGCAUCAACUGGAUUGUACGGGGUGGAUCGUUGACUGUGAGUUUCUCGUCGUGGUCUAUUGAGUCGCUGUUUCUCAUCGCUACGGGUGUCGGAUACGGUAUUCGCUGGCUAGCUGCCAAGAACAAAGUGACGUUCGUACUGCAGCUGCACAAUUUAUUCGACUUAUUGUCGGUAGUAGCGCACUUUACCAUUUCAUUCCAGACGAUCGUGGUUGGGACUAAGCGACUUCGAUCAUGGCUGGAUUUUGGCUUCAUUCGGUCCUAUGUGGGUUACGUGGUGGUGGAUCAUUUGUUCGCUCGCUACCCGAACAAAACAUUUUUCUCGCAGGUGUUACUCGUGGUAUUCAAGGCUCUGUGCCUCGUCUUCUUCUUCGCAGCAGUUUUGUUCUCUCUCGAACAGCUUGGAGAAUUACCACAUACCAACAGUUUCCUGCUUCAUGUGUACGAAUGCAGCAAUGAAGCUGGCACCGAGACGAUCCUCCAAGCCACCAGUGAAGGCACGGACGCGUUUCCAAACUGUGACGAAACGUGGAGCUUCUUCUCGUCCAUUUACUUCAUGUUUGUGACGGUCUCUACUGUGGGUUAUGGUGAUUUUUCACCUCACACCGUGCUGGGUCAGCUUACUGUUUGUGUGAUCAUCGUGUUUGGAAUCUAUACAUUCGCGAACGAAUCGGCUGCUUUUAUGGCGCUUUACGGAGAUCAACGUGGAACACUAGUGAAAUAUGAUGGCUCAAGAAAUACUGUGCACGUUAUAGUGACAGGAAAUCCUUCAGUGGCCCAGACUAAGGACUUUAUCCGCGAAUUUUUCCAUCCUGACCACGAGGAGGCAUUUCAAGGUCAAGCCAGCGACAGUGAAGAUAGCGACGAUGAAGUUCAGAAGUUGGUGGCAGGUCAAAGUUCUACUGAAGCUUCUCAUUCUCGUAGUGAGAUUCCACUGAAGAAUCACGUUCGAUAUGGCAGUAUUCAUGAAGCAUAUACGGCAAUGGAAGAAGGAGAAGUUAGUAUCAAAAAAGACAAGAAGCGAGAUGUUAAACCGCUCGUCUCGAAGUGGAUGCAUCGUGGAGGAAGUUUAAUCCGUGAGACCCAUAUUGUUGUGCUCAUGCAGUUCGAUAAGGCUGGCGAGAACGCUUCGUACCAACGAGAAGUGAUGGAGUUUGUGGAGCAGAACCCACGAUACCAUAAGCGCGUGUUCCUAGUGUACGGCUCUCCACUACGAGAUACUGACCUGAAGAACGCGCAACUCGAUCGAGCCAUGGCUGUAUUUUUCUUGCCAAACAAAUAUUCGGAUGAUGGCAACAAGGAAGAUGCGGCUACAGUGCUGCGUGUUCUGUCAGUAUCUCAGCAGAAACAGGAACACACUCAACUAUUCGCCAUGCUAGCCAACUCGGACAACCGCACACUACUAGAAGCCACUGGGUUAAGCAAGGAAAAUCUGGUCUGCGCAGAUGAAAUUCGUCUUGGACUUAUGGGUCUCAGUUGUCGAUGCCCUGGCCUAUCAACGGUGGUGUCAAACUUAAUCACAAGUCGCAGUGGAGAGAUCCCCGAAGUCGCUCCGGAUCAAGCUCAUCUACUGAAACCUUGGGUCUCCGAGUACAUUUCUGGUGCUGCCAAUGAAAUCUACUCGUGUUGUUUGACGAAACAUUUCCACGGCAUGAAUUUCAUCCAAGCCACGAUGCACAUCCAUCGACAGUCAAAUGGUUUGGUGCUUCUUAUCGCUGUUGAGUCCGAUGGAGAUAUCGCGUUCAAUCCUGGCCGGUGGUAUCGUAUUACUCCAAGUACGAAAGCUUACUUAAUCGCUGAGUCCAUCAGCUCUCUCGAGCCGUUCGCUGGCACACCAACAAUGAGCAGCGUCGCUGCUUUGUCCACUAACAUGGCGCUACUACAGAGUCGUGGGAACCUGCUAAGUCGUGCUCGUCAAGCGCAACAUAACGUUGAGAGACGAAUCCCAAGAGAUAUCCGAGAGUACAUCAUGCGGUGCGCUGUCAACGAUCCGUCUCAGAUCCCGACGUCCCCUUCCGGUGAAUUGCUCGCUGCUGGCGGCCACAUUGUCGUGUGUAGCAGUAUUGGCAACGAGAGUGGAGGACAGCGCUCUGUCUCUCGGUUGGUGAAUUUCUUACGACCACUACGAGCUCCACAUAUCGAACGGAUUGUCCCCGUUGUGAUCGUAGACGCUGGCACUUUUGACAGCGUUUCGUGGCUUCAACUGAGAGAUUUCGGCGAGGUGUAUCACGUACACGGAUCGCCUCAGAACCACCACGUUCUUGCUACUGCUGGGAUCUACACGGCGUCGUCCAUUGUCGUGCUUGCUCAAGGGAAUGAGGCUGGAUACGACGACUCCAAGGCGAUUUUUAACGCGAUUCUAGUCAACUCAGCACUACAACGCAACAAAAUCUUUACGAUCAUUGAGCUUCGGGAUGUUAACAACAACCGCUUUUUGGAUCCAGUAUCGAGCUUCGGUUCAUCACGAAGACUGCAAGACAAUGAUUUUAUGGACGAGAAUGAAGGUGAAUACGACGUCAAGUCGCAGUUAUCCAGCUAUCGCGGACCGUUCUCUUCUGGUGUUCGUGAGAGUUUACAACACGGUCGAGCAUCAAGUGUCACGAAGAAGCAGAACUGGAUGCAACAUAAGGCUAAAGUAGUCAAGCAUGCGUGCUCUGCUGUGAAUACUUUCUUCCUUGGAAGUCUGAAAACUGCCGCGCAACAGGUGAGUACGUAUGGAGGACAGACAGACAGCGCCACUGGGGUUACGAUCGAGAGUCUCUACAAUGGUGACGACAGCGAAACGUUCUUCCAGGAGCGCUUUAUGAACGGAGCUCUGUUCCCUUCGUACGUCGCUGAUGACUUGCUGAUCCAAAGCUUCUUCAAUCCGUCGCUCAAUACGUUCAUCCGAAAGAUUCUUGAUGGUAAAAGUUGCUUCGUGCUGUACGACGUGCCGAAAGAGUUACGCGAACGUAAGCUGCUGUAUGGAGAGCUCUUUGAGUACAUGACGUCGAGUGUGGCACAUACGCUACCGAUCGGCUUGCUUCGUGCGAAGGGAGGUCCUGGAGGUGCACCUUACCCGUAUGUGUACACGUGUCCGUCUUCCGACACGAUCGUGUACCCCGGAGACAAGAUUUUCGUUCUCAUCAACGUCAUGGCGCUCGAUCGUCUAGCAAAUAAAUUGCAGCGACGCUUUUGGAACCGCACCAAACCAUCAAUGACUAUGGCAGACCUUGUGGAUACCAUUUCCAGACCAUCACAACUGUAGGAAACCCAACUUAUCAUGGACAUUUUAAUAGCGAGGCGACGCCUUGCGGACUGCUGUGCUAGCAAAUCCCAGGGACGAGAUACUUCAUCGUGUUUAUACACUCAAGUCCAGUUGCAUCGGGGAACAAUUGUUCAAGUUUCUCCACAAUGAGAAUUGUAUCCGGUGUCCACUCUGAGCUGUCUAACUUAUCCCUAAAUACGCUUCGAAGCGUCUUGGAUCGGAUUCGUCCCAGAAAACCACUUGAUGGCGCUCUUUGAAGCACAGACAGAAUUGAGCUGGAAGUUGAUCAACUGUUUUGGAUACAAAUCCGCGAAACAAAUUGACAAUAACGCGUCGACAUCUCCACCACUUGGUCCUCUCCUUCUUGAUUCUCUCCAUGCUAUAAGCGUCGAUUACGAUCGCCAGCACAAUGUUUAGCAGCACAAACGUCUCUAGAGCCAUGAAGCUCCAGUAAAACGCAAUCGAGUAGUGGAUACCCUUAAUGACCUCGAAGUCGAAUCCGCCAAAAAGCACAUUGACACAAGUCAUGGAGAUUAAUAGAGAAGAGAACUCGUGCACGCGAUUACCGAAUAGUACACUGCGAACGCCAUGAAAAUCACCAAGAAGGUCACAGAGAACGCUCCACACCAGUAUAGAGCUUUUUUGAACUGAGUGACUCAGGAGACUUAGCCCAAUAUGGUUGCGGAAUGUGUUGAGCACUCGAAGACCUUGGAUGAAGACCGCAGCUGUAGCAAGCAGCCGCAUCAACACGGAAAGACGAGUGACGUACUUGAGUGAAUCGAUAAGAGUCGUCAGUGCAUCGUCUCCGCUUGAAUUCCCGUGCUGCAGAUUAGUGAUUUUCUGCUGGAACUCCGUACCCGUAAUCACUAAUUGAGCAACGAAACUGU